UACAUUCACUCUUGUUAGAGCCGCUAAAUAUUGAAUAAUAUUCACGCAACGUGUAUAAAUUUGACGAAUCCAAGAUAAAACAUUUUAACCUCACUUUCGAUAAAAAUAUAAUAAACAGAACAUGUGCAUUUCGUGGAGGAAAUAAAAAGUGAACAAAUAAUUAGUUUUACGUCUGAAUCGUUAUUUUGUCGCUAUUCAAAAAAACGUUAUCAAUGGCUAUCGAAACAAUUCACAAAGCCGGAGCUUUGAAGCAGACCAACAAAUCUCAUAAACAUGGAAAACAUUCUUCUAAGCGAGCACUAGAUAGGAUCGCUAAAGGGAAAACUAGUGUAAAAUCUGUGACUAAGAAAGCAAAAAAGGAGCUUGGUCGGGAAGAUCGUCGUCGUCAAGCUAAUCAAAUUCGUAAAAAUAAGCGUCAAGAAGCAAUAUCGCUAAAACGAGCAUUAGGUGGUGCAACGACGGCCCCAUUUUUAACAUGUGUAUUGCCGUUACAUGCGAAUGUUGAUGCAAAUUCGGCUCUUGCCAUUAUUGAAGGUUGCGAUGAAGAUGCUACAGUUCAAAAGCUUCCCAAUGGGAUUCGUUACAUGAAUGUUCCUCGAUUUCGUCAACGAUUUUCGUUCAUUUGUACUCACACUGGUCACGGUCGUGAACUGGAAAUUCUCGAUUUACUUAAAGUAUGCGAUUCAACCAUACUCCUUAUUUCGGCGACCGAAGCUGAAGAUGUGAUCGAUAAAGCCGGAGCAAAGAUUUUAAACAUGGCACUCUGUCAAGGACUGCCUACUCCAAUGGUUUGCCUAAUGGAUCUAGAAUCGAUUGCUCCAAAGAAACGCUUUCAAGUCAAGGCAAAUGUACAGAAAGCAAUCGUAACCGUUCUUCCAGACGAAAAAGUUAUGUCAUUAGAUACUAAAACCGAUGGUUUAAAUUUGCUUCGAAGAGUGGGAGGACAAAAACGAAAAAUCUUGCAUAAUAAAGCUAAUCGACCUCAUUUGUUUGGAGAGAACGUGGAAUACGUUUCAGAAAUGAGUGAGGAUAACGUCGGUACGUUGAAAGUUACAGGUUUUCUAAGAGGUAUCCCAUUGUCAGUUAAUCAGUUGAUUCAUAUUCCUGGCUUGGGAGAUUUUCAAAUGUCAGAGAUCUACGCUCUGGAUGAUCCAUACAAGAUUAGGAAGAAUGAUGAGGAAAUGUCUUCGGGGGAAUCUAGGCUUUUGGCCAAAGCAGUCGCACACAAACAAACAAGUCUACAGAGGGAAAAUAUUCCCGAUGAAAUGGAUGCGGAACAAACAUGGCCAACAGAAGAGGAAAUCGAAGCGUCUAAAAAUGAAAACAAAAAGAAAUUGAUCAAACGGAUUCCUAAAGGAAUGAGUGACUAUCAGGCAGCUUGGAUUCCGGAUAUUGAGGAGGUCUCCGAAAACGACAGCGACGACAACGAAGACGACGACGAUGAUGAUGAGGAGGAGGAGGAGGAAAGUUAUAUGUCUUGCGAGUCUGAUACUGAAAGCAGGGUAGAAGAAGAUGCCGAAGAUGAAGAGGAGUAUGACGAGGUCAGCAUAUCUGAUGGUCCAGUGUCCGCUGAAAAAUAUGACAAACAAAUGGAUAUGGAGGAGGAUAAACGAACAUUAGCAAAAAUUCAAGCUGCCAAAGACGACGAAGUGUUUCCUGAUGAGAUUGAUACACCAGCAAAUAUUCCAGCUAGAGAACGUUUUCGAAAAUAUCGUGGUUUGGAAUCCUUUCGAACGUCACCUUGGGAUGUAAAGGAAAACCUUCCUCUAGACUACGCUAAGGUCUAUCAGUUUAAAAGCUUCGAUCGUACUAAGAGAAGAAUUAUUAAAGAAGCACAAGAAGUUGAAGAUGGGGUCAUGCCUGGAUGGUUUAUUCAGAUUUAUGUCAAGAACGUCCCACAAGACUUGUGGAACAACUAUGUUUCGGUUGGGAAUGGCACUCGCUUGGUUAUCUACGGUUUACUGCCCCAUGAGCAUCAAAUGUCUGUCAUGAAUGUGUGCCUGAAACGAACUCCCAAUUCUAGUAUCCCUAUUAAAUCCAAGGAACGUCUGAUCGUUCAGUGCGGUUAUCGACGAUUUAUUGUGAAUCCUAUCUUCAGUCAACAUACAAAUGGUGAUAAGCAUAAGUAUGAACGCUUCUUUCGGCCUGGUAUGACCGUUGUGGCCACCUUUUUCGCCCCAAUCCAGUUUCCACCUGCUCCGGUUAUUUGUUUUCGUGAGAAUCCGGACACAUCGCUGGCUAUGGUUGCCUCGGGCAGCAUCGUCAAUUGCAGUCCGGAUAGAGUGGUACUGAAGCGUGCUGUCAUCAGUGGACAUCCGUUCAAAAUCCAUCGAAAGUCUGCUGUAAUUCGGUACAUGUUCUUCAAUCCUGAAGAUAUUGAGUAUUUUAAACCGUGUAAGUUGAGAAGUAAACUAGGACGUUUGGGACAUAUCAAGGAAUCCCUGGGAACUCAUGGUCACAUGAAGUGUAUAUUUGAUACACAGCUAAAGUCACACGAUACGGUGCUUCUGUAUCUUUAUAAGCGAGUUUUUCCGAAAUGGACCUACGAGGAUUGUAUUGUAUCCAGUCCGGAUACCAAUGAUGCAGGUGCCACUGCAUCUACGAGUAGCUUGAAAGAAGACGAAGUUAUGCAAGAGUGAUGGGAGUUUACCAGGUAAAUUUGCACACAUAUAUUAGCUAUUUGCUGGUUAAAUAUGAUAGAA